AUGGGUCUUGCUACUAGUAGCUUCUUAUUAGGAAAAGGGUCACCAACAACACAGAUGGUGAACUUGAUUACGGGAUCACUCUACAACAGUUUUAUUAAGGAAACCAGUGAAUUUUCACAGUUUGACACAGCAUUUCUUGAUAUAUACAACACUUUCAACUCGGCGUUGCCUGGUAAACAUUAUGAUGUACCCUCUAACCAGGAGAUAAAGAAAUGCUACGAGGAAUGGACUGCUGCUGGUGAUAAUGCAGAAAAGAAGAAGCAAAUCUUUGUAGACUUUAUAAGAAGAACGGUAAGCCUCAACAAGCCACAAAAAAUGACACUAAUAACAGGUUUGGUGACGCCACCAGCUGCCAUGGUAGCAAAGAAAGCUGGAGAGAGAGUCCCUGCACUUAAGAUCAUCAAAGUAGUACCUGAUGUCCUCUUUGUUCCAACUGUUACAUUUUUGGCUAUCAUCUCAGCCCAGGUAUCAAGAAAUGUGUUGCACAGGAGAAUGAUUCGCCGAAAUGAACAAAGAGGGGAACAAAACAUCUAG